ACAAUGGGUCGUUUCUGCGCAAGACACAUAAACCUCCCUACUGGACCACUUGCAGUUGUGUUUGGGAUGGAGAGACGGCAAGGGAUUGCUAGCAUGAAUUUUUGAGACAGAUUCAAAGUCCGCUCGGACAAGACGAUGGCUUGAGUCAGCCAGAAACGCAAGUGCUUUUUUCUUAUCGUCACCCAAAAGACUAGUCGGCGGUGCAUAGCGGAUACUGAAUCGCAUCACUGCCGUGCUAUCGGGGCCAGGAAUCAUGAGCGAGCAUAGUGGCAAAGAGAACGAUCGUGCACCUGGUCAAGCGAUCCCAACCGGAGCUCUGAAGCCCACUCCUACCGAGUCCUCCAUUGCGGGCUCUCCGGCAAGAGCAUCCACGACUGCUCGCCUUGCUAGUCCUAUAUUCGGGUCGCCAGUAGGUGGUCAGCAUUCUCGCCAGCCAUCUGUCGUGCAGGGGACAAGUACGCCCUUGGCAGGCGCUUCUGGCACGUCUCUCCCCGGACCAGGCACUUCGUCUUUGUCUCAGGCGCUUCGAGGGUCGUAUGCUCAUUCACCGUCUCGACAAGGCACGGCGUCCAGAAGCGAAGCAGAGAGGCUUGCAAGUCCAGAGCGGAGAUGGCAAGCUAGUGGGAUCGGCUCACCAGCGGCCGGCUCGUACAAUGCACAACUUGGCCGAAGUCCUAGAGGUACGGCUGAGGUUGAGAUUCUCAAAAGACAUCUUGCCGGUCCGCAACCGGGUUCAUCAGAGCCCGGGUCAUACCAGCGAGCUCGCAACGGUUCUGUCCAGCCGCAGGAUGUACCGGGCGGCGCGGUAGAUGGCGGGGAUGGAUUCUCAAGCUUGCAAUUACAAGGAGGUGAUACUACACGCCACAUAUACCGCUAUGCUGAGAAGCGAGAACGCGAAGAAACAGAAGCCGAGGAGCGGGCGACAGGCCGGUUACGGCGCAGUCUUAGCGUGGAUCUGUCGAAACCAGACGAUGACAGCAUGAGGAACGUGAAGGUGCCUGGAGGCUUCCGACGGGACCACUUACGGAGAACGGCUGCUUCACCGGCCCCGUCCAGCACGCGCCGGCCUGCGUAUGGCACGGUCAAUCGAGCAGUCACUGAGCCGCCCCUGGGCUCGAAACCUCGGUUUGUGACUAACAACUUUAUCGAGUUUCUUACGUUGUAUGGUCACUUCGCUGGAGAGGAGCUCGAAGAUGACGACGAAGAACUAGAGCCGGACGGGUACUUUUCGUCCGAUAAUUAUGACGACCAAACCACCGAGGCUGAGGAAGGCCGUUCGGAAGACGGAGGCUGGGGUGAGAACUCAGCCCUUCUCACACCUGGCAAGAAGAGACGGAGGCGGAAGCACCGUGAGUCUGGCACAGGCACGCCGUUCGGCGCAGCAAUGCUUCUGCUUAAGUCAUUCGUGGGGACCGGAGUACUCUUCCUACCGCGGGCGUUCCUCAACGGCGGCAUGCUUUUCUCGAACCUGGUGUUGCUCUUCAUUGCCCUGAUCAGCUACUACUGCUUCAUUUUACUCGUCAGCACUCGGCUGAAAGUGCACGCCUCAUUCGGAGACAUGGGUCUUCAAAUCUACGGCAAGCUCUUCCGCAACAUGAUCAACUUUUCGCUUGUCAUCAGCCAAAUCGGCUUCGCGUCGGCGUACAUAGUCUUCGUUUCCGAGAACCUGCAAGCAUUCAUCCUCGCCGUCAGCAAAUGCGCCACGAUGAUUCCCAUCCAGUGGGUCAUUCUUAUGCAGAUGAUCAUCUUCCUGCCGCUGAGUCUGUAUCGCAACAUCAACAACAUCCAGAAGAUGGCGCUCGUAGCUGACCUGUUUAUCGUACUCGGCCUGCUAUACAUCUACUUCUACGACAUUAAGACGAUCCUCCAACAACACGGCGUCGCUGACGUCAAAGCUUUCAACGCCAAGGACUGGACGCUGCUGAUCGGUACCGCAAUCUUCACCUUCGAAGGCGUUGGCCUUGUUAUCCCAAUCCAGUCCGGUAUGGCCGAGCCAGCCAAAUUUCCUCGCGUCCUCGCUACGGUCAUGGUCAUCAUCUCCGUCAUCUUCAUUUCUGCGGGUGCCGUCUCAUACGCAGCCUACGGCUCGCACACCAAGACCGUCAUAUUGCUCAAUAUGCCACAAGACGACAAGCUGGUGAAUGCGGUGCAGUUUCUCUAUAGUCUAGCGAUCCUGCUCAGCACCCCACUACAGAUCUAUCCGGCCAUUGAGAUCACGAGUCAGCAGCUGUUCUCACGAACGGGCAAGUACAAUCCCUGGAUCAAGUGGAAGAAGAACGUCUUCCGCUUCUUCAUGGUCGUGCUGUGUGCGGCUAUCGCAUGGCUGGGCGCAAACGAUCUUGAUAAGUUCGUGGCGCUUGUGGGCAGCUUUGCGUGCAUACCGUUGGUGUAUAUCUAUCCUCCGAUGAUGCACUACCGCGUCUCAGCGACAAGGCUGUGGGAGCGCAUAACCGACGUCCUCCUGGUCAUUUUUGGCUUCGUGCUGAUGGCGUACACGACGGGUAUGACGAUCCAGCACUGGGUGCACGGCGAGCGAUCGAAGCCGCCUGGUUACUGCGACAACGGAUCGUUCGCACCCAUAUAGCUUACGGUACAGCGAAGGAGCUCAUAUCAGCCAAUGCAUGCAUAGCGAUAUCUGGAGUGCAUUGCAUGUCGUAGAACACAAAGAAGGCUCCUAGCACGAAGUCGCGUUCAGAGCGUCGAUUCUUACACAGCCUGUGCAACGAGCUCGUGACUAAGUUCUCACUUCCAUCCUUCCCUCAUUCCGCUCUAAUCUCAUCAACCGUAUAACACGAGGCGGUGGACUUAGAUAGUGUAACUGUUCCGUCG